AAGAAUGGGAUUUCUAUCGAAUGUUUGGAAUAGCAUCUUUGGAACAAACUGCCUUUUUGACUGGCAUCUUCACUGCUCUGUGGUUAGUAAGAUCUGAUGUUCUGAAAACCAAAGCAAAUUUCAUAUUUCUUCUGAAAGCAUUGCUGUUAUCCAGCUAUGGAAAACUUCUACUAAUUCCAGCAGUUAUUUGGGAGCAUGACUACACUCAUCUGUGUCUAAAGCUCAUUAAAGUGUUUGUACUGGUGUCAAACUUUCAAGCAAUUAGAGUUAUUUUGAAUACUAGCCGCAAACUGUGUCUGAUGAUCAUUUUGAAUGGAUUACUUUUCGAAAAUGGCAUCAUUUACUUGUUCCAGAAAAUAGGAUGGGAUGUUUGAGAUAAUCUUGUUUCCUUAGGAUGACAGUGAAAAUAUUUCAAGAUGUAGAAAAUAUUGCCUUUGAAAUCAUUCACUUCAUCACUGGUCAGUAUUUGAUUAUUCUAAACAAAGUGAUAAAGAAAUGCUGAAUGUAAAUGAAACUUUCUAUGCCAAACCAACCAAUUGACCCAUAGUAAUUUAAGAAUGAUGCACUGAUAUUUAUUUUUUAUAACAAUUUUGCUAUUUUUGAUGUGAAGGUGUAUUAAAGAAAGAAUAUUGCUCUUUUAUAAUUUCAGAUUAUAUAGCUGUGUUCUGUUUUUUUCUCCUGCAUUAAUUUGUAGUUAAAAGAAAAAAGGUGAUUGUUUUAUUAUAAAGUACAAAGAAGAAAAUGAUCAUACUAAAAAAAGGCAAAAUGACAAAACAAGAAAAAACAGCUUGACUCAAAAUGUAUUCUGACAGCCACGCAUAAAAUCAUAGUAAAGUGGCUUCACUUUGACAUUUCUGGCAAUUAUGCUACUGGAAACACUGGGAAUAUAUUAUUUGUGGAGUUCUCAUACUUUUAAGUUGAUAUUUAUACAUCUUCCAAGGAACAAAUAUAAUUUUGUAGACAUAUUUAUAAAUAAAGGGUUUUUUUAUGACUAAA